AUUUGGAGACGCGCCUGGGCAGCUGAUGCUGUCUCCCGUGACCGUCUCUAUUGUACUGUGUGUCGAACUCCAUAGGCCAAUGCCUAACUGUCAUGGACAGAUUUCGCAUGUAUUUCUGGAUGUUAUCAGAGGACAAACCCGGACUCUCUGAAGACGAUUGAGAGACGAUUGAGAAAAAGUUUAGUUUAACCAAAACUGCUGCUGAUGGUCAACGAUGUGCAGAUAACUUUACCACUUACAGAAUUCACCAUGUUCUCAGGUCAUGGAUUUCCCAGGGCAUUUUGAGCAGAUCUUCCAGCAGUUGAACUACCAGCGGCUGCAUGGACAGCUUUGCGAUUGCGUGAUCAUGGUUGGUAGUCGUCAUUUCAAGGCCCACCGUGCCGUGCUGUCCGCCUGCAGUACGCAUUUCCGAGCUCUGUUUACUGCUGCUGAGGGAGACGCCAGUACAAGGAUGAUCCACCUGGACUCAGAAGUGGUGACAGCUGAAGCAUUUGCUGCACUCAUGGACAUGAUGUACACAUCCACGCUGAUGCUAGGAGAGAGUAACGUGAUGGAUGUCUUGCUGGCGGCUUCUCAUCUGCAUCUAAACGCUGUGGUGAAAGCUUGUAAGCACUACCUUACAACUCGUACUCUUCCCAUGUCUCCUCCGACAGACCGUAGUGGUCAGCAUCACACCGAGCAGCAGCAAGCAGCAGCGGCUGCAAACUCUCAUCUCCAGCGCUCAUUUCUGCUGCAACAGCUCGGCCUGAGCCUGGUCAGUUCUGCCCUGAGUGGCACUGAAGAUGGGGGAACAGGAACCGGGAGGAGAACGGGUUCAGCGUGCGGGAGUGGGUUGGUGGAUCAGCACGCUUCUCACCCGACACGCCGUUUCCUGAAGCGCAAACAGCCCUUGUCCCUGAUUGUUUCAGAACGGGGGAGGCCACGUCUUUCCACGCAGGUGGAGGGGAUUGUGGGGGAAUCGGGGAAUCGAGAGGGUGGAGAGGAGCUUCUGUCUCCAGAUUCCCAUAGUAAAAUGGUGGAUGAGGUCGUCGCUGGGGUCAUUCCAGGGGAUGAUGGAGGUUUACUAGAGCAAGAUGAGUACCGAAGGGGACUGACCCAUGAAGACAUGCAGCUUCCCAGUCAGUCGGAUGGAGGAAGGGGAGCAGGAAUGGAAAAAACAUUGAUGCUGCCACGCAAAGAGGAGUACCCAGAUGCAAGCCGUCACCAUACUGAGGGGAUGAAGAUAAAGAACGGAGGUGAGGAAGAAGAGGAGCAGCAGCAGCACAUCCAGGUCGUGGUGAAGAGUGAGCCACUGAGUUCACCAGAGGCCGUUGAUGAGACUAGCGAUGUUACGUCUCAGGCAGAAGGGAGUGACCAGGUGGAGCCAGUUGGAGAAAAGCUGGAGCUGAGUCCAGAGGGCAGUGAGCGCAGCUACUCUGAUCCCCAGCCCAGCUCUGGGCUGCUGAUUAAAGGAAACAAGGGCUUAGGAUCAGCAGAAGACAGAGGAAGAGGAGAGGUGCUCUCCUGCAGUGAUGCUCUUGAGUCCUCCUCUGGACUGCAUAUCUCCAGUUUCCUCAGCGCGAAGGCCUUUGCUGGCAGAGGGACAUCAUCUAACCUUGCUAACAGUGUUGACAAUGUUCCCAACACUACAACCGGAGAGUUUCAAGCAGACCACGAUUCUGCUCGCUUCUUCCUCUCAAACGAUUCCAUCAACACUUCAUCUUCCUCUCUGCAGCUCCUUCCAGGCGAAGCACAGGUCUGCUCUGACCUGCAGCCAGAGUCCCUUCUUCUGCGGCCUCUGCAUGAUGGUAUAGCAUCAUCCUCUUCAUUAGCAGCGUCCCGUGGUGGCUCGGUCGACCAGCUUGCACUGGAGUUCCAGCGAAACAUUUUGGGAUUACAGACCUUCCCUCGUUCAUCCAGGGGUGGCGCCGGAGGAUGCCAAGCAUACCGGCGCAUCGCUCCUAAAGUUCCACCAGGAGGUGCUUCAACACUUACAGACAGCCCUCAGCAGCUUGAUGCUGCCUCCUCGUCCUCUUCUUCCUCAGUGCUUCUUAAUGGAGUAAACUUAAUGGAGAGUUCUGUUACCGUAGGUCAAAAUGUUGGCAGCUCCAACUUGAACCCGCUACCACAGUUGACAAGAGCCUCUGCAGAUGUUCUGUCAAAAUGUAAGAAGGCACUAUCUGAGCACAACGUGCUAGUGGUUGAAGGUGCCAGGAAGUAUGCUUGCAAGAUCUGCUGUAAGACGUUCCUUACUCUGACGGACUGUAAGAAACACAUCCGAGUUCAUACGGGAGAACGCCCGUACGCCUGUCUGAAAUGUGGCAAACGCUUUAGUCAGUCCAGUCACUUGUACAAGCACUCGAAAACAACCUGCUUACGAUGGCAGAGCAGUGAUAUGUCUAACGGCCUGCUCUAAUUCAGCACAACUGCAGGCACUCCAAAGGCACCAUACAAGGAUGACUGGUUCCUGACUGUUCUUACUCUACUUGGUGGGCAGAUCUGCACACUGUAAUCUCACGUCCACGGUUAUAGUAGGUAUAGUAACUUUUUUUUUAGGUUUCAUGGCUGUAGUAUGUUGUUAACAUGAUUCCAAUUAACAUGCCAUCGAUGGUACAAAUGACAGGGAUAGUUCACACACAAAUGUUCCAAACCUGUGUGACCUAAAAAAAAAAUGGUUUUACAUUUUUCUUUGGUUGGGUUUUUUUUUUUAAAUGCAAUAAACGUAAAUGGGGUCCAAUUUUCUUUUUUUUUAAUCGACAAAAACAUUGUUAUCAUUCUUUUGUGUUCCUGCAGAAGAAGAAAGUCAUACAGGUUUGGAACAUGAGGGUGAGUAAAUGAUAACAGAAUUUUCCUUUUUGUGUGGACUGUCUCUUUAAGUUACACUGUGAAAUGAUUUUAAAAGAACUGAAAUGGAGAGGUCAGACAGAACCUUAGUAGCUCAUUCCUGUGUCCUGAUGAUAGAAGCUUGCUGUGGAAGUCAGAAUUGUAUUGUCAGCUGUGUACUGUUGAAGUAUUUUAGCUUCUGAUGUUGUCUGUAUAUUCUGAACUGAAGCAUCAAAAGGAGAUUCAUCAUUUUUCAUUUAGGUGCACCUUUAGGCCAGUGGUUCUCAACUAGGUGGCCUCGGCAAACUUCCAGGAGAAUCCCAAUAAGUCUUAAAAUGAUUCAAAUUUAUUUAUAUUAACGUAAUCUUGAUUAAAAUUUUAAACUUUUAAAUGAUGAAUUACAACAUUAAACUGACAUCAUAUUUUUGACUUUAUUAUGGCAGAAGUGCAUAUCAACUUUGAAUAUCGUCUCAAGCUAAAGUGGGGUCCUGGAAUCAAAAAGGUUGAGAAGCACUGCUUUAAGUUCUAGUGGUUUAAGUUACAAAACCAAGUGAGCUGCCUGCCUGACUGUUUACAGUCUAUAUAGGCAGCAUCCUUAGAACUCAAAUUAAAACUCACAUUGGAACAUCUGGAAGGAACAUGGGCAGCUGCAUUUUUGUGUUUCCCCAAGCAACACUCAUAAAACCUUUGCCCAAAAAAAACUGUGUUUUUUUGUGUUUUUUUGGCAAACUUAUAUAAGUGGUUUUGCCUCUACUAACACAAAGUUUCUCAGGGGAACUGAAACCUUGCUAAGUUUUUAUUGAGAACACAAAAGCUUUGAAACAUAAUUAUUCCUCCCAUCUCAUUUUUUUCCAAUCACCAUGUCCCUUUAGGGCCCCUGUAUAACUUACAGUUAAUUCCAAAGGAGUUUGACUCAAAGUCCAUUUCAAGGAAAGCCUAUGGUCAGCUGUUUUGGACAUCCAAGACUAAGUGCUAUUUACUGGAAUGGAGAAAACCUGACAAUUCAAAAACUUUCACAUAACAUAUUUCAAAUCUGACAUUAGCUAGCUGUCCCAUAAAUGAUUUCAGGUUCCCUCAGAAUACUGAUUUUAUUUAGAAGGUGAGAAUUAUUCCGCCAUAUUUUGCAUUGCACUUUCUCCCAUUUGUAGUAAUGAGUGCACCUUCUUGGUUUAUCUAAAGUAGGGGUGCAAAACUCAGUUCCUGGAUGGCCACAGCCCUGCAGAGUUUUUCUAGUAUUUUCUAGUACAUUCAUUGUGCAGAUACAUGUGAUGCUGCUUUAGAAUUUGGCCAGAACCAAAAUGUCUUCACAACAAGAUAAUGGCUAUGAUGUCUUAAAAUACUGUCUAGGCUGUCAGCUUACUAGGUUUUGGAACACUGCAAAUAUGUAGAUGAAUAACCUACCACAGUCACCACUGUUACACUUUUACUGUUACAAGGUCAAAUAAACUGAUUUCUAAUAUGUGGAAAUAUGAGCAGAAUUGACCUUGUUGCUUAGAUUUCCCUAAUCGAUUAACACUUAACGAUUAUUGUUUUCUAUAUACAGUAAUCAUUAUGUUGUAUUCUUGAAAAUAUGAAUGCGGUAAGACAUAAAUUAUGUUCCUUUUGCAAGAAGAGGUAAUUGUAGGAACAUUUUUUUACUAAAGCACUGUGUAUUUGUGCCUGUUUCUGUUGUAUUCGGAUUUCUUACAGUAUAUUGACAAAGGCAGAUAGAAAUCAUGAACCGAGCCCUGCGUAAAUGGACAUUUAGCCUGACAUCCUGAGACCGUCCUCUGUUUUGCUUCAGGUAAUGCUUAUGUUGAUGCCCCUGUGGCUGAAAUUGAUAUCAGAGAAUGUUAGACUACAUUGUUUACACAUUUUCCAUAUAAGCAUUUCCUAAAGACCGUGCUUACUGAUUAAAUUCAUGUUAUGGAAGCUAUUAGUGAUGAGGUUGUCGCUUUAAAAAAGGCUGUUACAUUCAUGUGUCUCUUUUGACCUCCAGUGCACAGAGAGAAAACCGUUAUGUAAAAAUUGCACCUUUAGUCUUUAAUGUUUUAUGGUUUGUGGAGUAAUACAUGCUAAUCAAAUAGAAUCUUAAAAAUGAACCUGCUGUAAAUGAAAAUAGAUGUUCAGUCAUUGUAUUAGUGGUUGUUUAUGGAAACUGUUAGGGGUAAUAUAACAGUCUUGUCCUAGUCUUGUCUUCUGUGAUGUGUUUGAUGCUGUACUGAGAGGAGUCCUUAAAUGCUCAAACUAAGUAUAACCAUUAAGAUUUAGAAGCUGCUUCGUUAAACACAUUCCAACCUGUAAAUAUGCUGUUACUGCAGAAUUGAGCAUUUUAUUUAUGCCAUCUUUUAUUUAAAUGUAGUAAUGUUUUUCCUUUGUGGUGAACAUUGCCACUGUUUGAUUGGAUGAACACAAAAAAUCAUCACCUAAGCCCUCAUUAAAUACUAAAUAAGACUAAAUUAUAAAUGAAAUGGAGACAUUUACAGUGGGGCAAAAAAGUAUUUAGUCAGCCACCAAUUGUGCAAGUUCUCCCACUUAAAAAGAUGAGAGAGGCCUGUAAUUUUCAUCAUAGGUAUACCUCAACAAAAAACUCCAGAAAAUCACAUUGUAGGAUUUUUAAAGAAUUAAUUGGAAAAAUCCUCGGUAAAAUAAGUAUUUGGUCACCUACAAACAAGCAAGAUUUCUGGCUCUCACAGACCUGUAACUUCUUCUUUAAGAGGCUCCUCUGUCCUCCACUCGUUACCUGUAUUAAUGGCAUCUGUUUGAACUCGUUAUCAGUAUAAAAGACACCUGUCCACAACCUCAAACAGUCCAACUCCAAACUCCACCAUGGCCAAGACCAAAGAGCUGUCAAAGGACACCAGAAACAAAAUUGUAGACCUGCACCAGGCUGGGAAGUCUGAAUCUGCAAUAGGUAAGCAGCUUGGUGUGAAGAAAUCAACUGUGGGAGCAAUUAUUAGAAAAUGGAAGACAUACAAGACCACUGAUAAUCUCCUCGAUCUGGGGCUCCACGCAAGA